UGUCUGAACAUCUGUUUUAGGUAUGAGGAGGGUUGGCCGGAGGCCGGAGCAGCAAGGUCAGGCCAGUUCCCAACACCAGGGAGGUCAAGGAGAGGCUCGGCCCGGCGACAGGCGGCCCGACAGACGACCUCCUCGUGAACGGCGCUUUGAUAAACCAGCUGAUGAGAAGCCAGAGGGGGGCGAGUUCCCUGUGGACAAAUUUGACAGUGAGCUUGAUCAGUCUGCAGCACCGGAGCCUGUUCCUGAAGGUGAAGAUCACACUCCUGCCGACUCCGAAAACAAGGAGAAUGAAGUAGAGGAGGUGAAGGAUGAAGGUCCUAAGGAGAUGACACUGGAUGAGUGGAAGGCCAUGCAAGACAAAGAACGCUCCAAAGUUGAGUUCAACAUCCGCAAGCCCAACGAGGGUAACGACGGUCAGUGGAAGAAGGGCUACGUACUGCACAAGUCAAAGAGUGAGGAAGUUGGCACACGGCAUCCUGGAUCUGUGAUUGAAGCUGGAGAUGUUGAUCCUGACUCAUUCCAAAAGGCUGAUGAGGGUGGAGAUCACCACUUCCGUAAGCCCGCCAAUGAUAUCACCUCCCAGCUGGAGAUAAACUUCGGAGACUUGGGUCGACCAGGCCGUGGCCGUGGAGGAUCUCGUGGAGGCCGAGGAGGUCGUGGCGGAGGCGGAGGCGGAGGCGGAGGCGGAGGUGGAGGUGGAGGCGGUGGCGGCGGCGGCGGGGGGGGACGGCCAAGCCGAGGCGGAGGCAGAUCUGAGAAGGGUGGAGGCAUUUCCGUUCCCAAUGUGGAUGAUCCCGAGGCUUUUCCAGCCCUGGCUUAAACCUCCGCUCUGCCACCGAACCUUCCUCCAGGCCCCCGCCCCUCCUCUUCGACGCUUGCAUGCUUACGGAUCGUUCGACCAUAGAAACCAGAAAAGAGAAAUACAUGAGACUGUCAUCCAUACAUACACUGAGAACUGACUUUUACCUGCGGAAAAACACAAAAAGGACUUCUUGUUACACUGAAGCAAAUUAUGGGUAGAGGUUUUGUAUUUAGAGACAUGAUAGCAGGGAUGUUCAUACAGUAUUUCCCCCCCCCCUUUUUUUCCAGAGAUUAUGCAUUCGCCAUAAAUAUUUUUUUAUUGCUGCUUGAAUGUAUGCAUUUUCAAGAUAGAAUCGAGGUGUGUUGUGACCGCUUGCGCUUCAGUCGGGACACUGCGGUGUCUGCGUGUAAUCGAAUACACUAUCAAUGGCUCUACCAAAAGCAGAACGUUUCAUUUUUGUUAUUGUUUUUCUCCACCAAGUGAGAAUACGAGACUCGUAGUGAUGAUUUUACUAUUAACAUAUAUACAUGAAUAAUGUAUAUUGACUAUUUUAAAUGUUUUGAAAGCAAGCUCUAAGGUCAAGCUAUCCUGUCAAUUGGAUUUUUUUUCUUGACCGGUAGCAAGAAGCAAAUGCAUCGUCUUGAUCUUGCUUUGGUGUUUUCUGUCGUCCUCUGCAGGACCUGUGAUAUUAGUAUGCAUAGUUGUCUUUGUUCCUCAGAGAGAUUAUUUCCUCAUCUUGUUGAAGCACCCAGGCAGGGCUCAAUGGAGAUCCAGGCUGGUCCUUGUAAGUUCAUCUCUUAGAAACCUUAGGACCACUUUCUGAACUGUAAACGUGGGUGAAUUGUGUGUGUGUGUGUGUGUGUGAGAGAGAGAGAACCUGUUUAAAAACUCAUCAUCUGCCAUAAGUUUAUUUUCCUGAGCUUAAGAUGGUAAGUUUCAGCAAGUCAUGCUCUUAACAUGAAGUUUUAUUGACUUUAGUGAGUUUUCUCUAGCUGAGGUUGUUGACAUAUCUUGCACUUAGAUUAUGGUGACGUUUGAAAUCUAGCUACUAAGCACGUGGUCUAUUUGCCUCAGUACCAUUUGUUUAUUUUUAUUCCUUCUGUGAACUUUGCGGUGUUUUUAUUUGUAAUUAUUACUAUGAUGGCACUACUGCUUGCGUUUUCUGAAUAAAAUGUGUAAUUCAGGGUGGCACGACAGUGUGCUGCGAAAGAAAAGUUGGAACCAGCUUCUUAUGUAUGUGAACUAGCGAGACCUCCAAGUGUGAUGGCCGAUGUACUCUGUAUUCAUAGGAGGAGGGACAAUAAAAUGGAAGACGACACUA